UCGCUGAAACCGAAACUCGUGUGAAAUCGAAAACAAAAUACUAAAAUGACAGCGGAAAUCAAUAAGGGACCCGCGUUGGGCCAAAGACAUGUACAAGCCUUUUUGCUCUUCCUUUCCAUUGUUUGCAAUUAUAUGGCCAAAUUUAAUGUCGGUGUGGCAGUUGUGGCCAUGACUGAUUCCGAGAAUACGAAUCCUGAUUUUCCAGAAUACGAUUGGAAUGAAAUGGAACGUUCUUAUAUAUUAUCCAGUUUCUUUUGGGGUUAUAUAAUGACUCAAUUUCUUGGAGGUUGGCUAUGUCGUCGCUAUGGAGCAAGGAUUACCAUGUUUAUAUCGACCAUUGGAUCGGCUCUGUUGAUCCUACUACCCCCAGUCUGUGUAUCCUGGGGCGGUUGGGAGGCAUAUUGUGUGAUUCGUGUGUGUCAGGGAUUAUUUCAGGGAUUACUUUUCCCCUGCAUACAUGCCCAUCUGGCCAAUUGGUGUCCAGUGAAUGAACGCAAUCGUUUGGGAGCCUUGGCCAAUACGGGCAUUGAUUGCGGCACUUUGGUGGCCAUGUUUGUCAGUGGCCAAUUGGCUGCCUCUAGCAUGGGCUGGCCAGGAAUUUUCUAUAUAUCCAGUGUCUUUGGAAUAGUUUGGUGUGUUGUCUGGUUAAUUUUUGGUGCCAAUACGCCAAGGGAAUGCAAAUUUAUAAGCGAAGCGGAACUCAAUUAUAUUGAAACUUCCAUCAAUGCGAAUCGUAAGGAAGAAGAGGUUAAGGAAAAGAGUCGUAUUCCUGUGCCAUGGCGUGCCAUAUGGACAUCUGUGCCAUUUUGGGCUCUAAUGAUCGUAAGAUGCUGUCAAUCGUGGGGCUAUUCGACACUUCAAACCGAAAUGCCUGCCUAUAUGAAUGGAGUUUUGCUGAUGGAUAUGAAAAGUAAUGCCAUUUAUUCGGCUCUACCCUAUCUCACCUCUUGGGUGAUGGCAUUUGUAUAUUUAAUUGUUUGCGAUAUAUUAUUGACCCGCAAUAUUAUGUCUCUGACUGGCAUACGUAAGACAGUCAACACGUUGGCUUUGUGGAUUCCUGCCUUUGCCUUGAUUGGCAUUGGUUUCCUGGACAGCAAUCAAAAGACAUUGGCCAUUGUCUUGAUGUGUGCCGAUGUGGGCAUUAAUGCUGGCUCCACAAUCGGUAGUACCAUCAAUACUAUAGAUCUAUCCCCAAAUCAUGCGGGUAUUCUAAUGGGCAUAGUCAAUACCGCGGCGAAUGUGAUACCCAUUCUAACGCCUCUGUUGGUGGGCAUCAUAGUGAAAGAUAAUCAUGAUCGUGUUCAAUGGCAAAUUGUUUUCAUAAUCUCAGCAGUGGUAUUCUUUGUGGGCAAUUUGGUUUAUAUUCUCUUUGGUCAAAUGACAAAUCAACCUUGGGAUGCUGCUGAUUUCUUAGAUAAGACUCAAACAACAAAGUUGCAAGAGGAAGGCCAACAGGCCAAGGCCAUUGAGGCCAGCGAAAAUGCAUCUAAAACCAGUGAUAAUAAUGUCGAAAAGACUGAAACCAGUUGAGAAUUAUAACGGCAUAGACCUUAAAUGGCAUUUUACACACUUUUAUGUGAAUAAUAAUCUAAGUAAACUAUUAACGGCUGGGCCGGUCCAUCAUACAUUUGUACGUUCAUAUACAUACCUAAUCUAUAGAAAUUCUUAUAAUACAUAAUUAACUUUAGAAAACC